AUGACGCCAAAAACACCACCGCUACAAGCACCACGGGUGAGCAAUAGAGCGGCCGGCGCCCCCGUGGUGGUUCGUGACGACCCAGAAAAGAAUCCAAACUCGCUGCACGACUUCCACACGGCCAAACGAGGGCCCAAGAACGUCCCAGUAGUCGUCAUGUCUAUGCCGGUGUCGGGCACAAGUACCACUGUUCCCAAAGAGACUGUGCCCAAGGAUCCAGGCCAUGCCUACGCCUGCACGCGACAUAUCCGGUUCGAAUACUUUGACCAGCGCGCCUCGAAUGCCCCCUUCGGCUACGAGCACUUCGUCUCGCUGCCACCAGCGUACGACGAGGAUCGGAACAAGGCGUGGCCGCUGGUUCUCUUCCUGCACGGCGCGGGUGAGUCGCAGCGUGGCGAGCACGAGUCCUUUGCUUCCAUCCGCCACGGCGUACCCAAGGUCAUCCUCUGCUAUGACAAGCUGAGGUCGAAUCCAAUCACAAAUGAGAUGCCCUCCAUCGAUAUCCCCAUUGCCCCGCGGCUGCGGAAAGGGAAGCAGACACAGCAGGGCGAUCGGUCCUCGGAACCGGUGCCGCGGGAGACCUGCGAACUGUUGGCCGAGAACUUCAUCACCGUCACGCCGUCCUUGAACAUGGGCAAUGGGUACGGCUGGAACGGAGCCAUUUUGUCCGCGCUGCUCGACGAGAUUGUCGAUCGCUUUCGCGUGGACGUGGACAGGAUCCACGUCACGGGCUUCAGCAUGGGCGGGUACGGCACCUGGGAUCUGGCCAUGCAUUCGCCACGUCGAUUCGCGACGCUGGCUCCAAUAUGUGGUGGAGGGGACCAUUUGCGAGCCAGUCAUAUCAGACAUGUGCCGCACUGGGUUUUCCACGGCGAUCGCGACGACAUCAUCCCUGUACGGGCGUCGAUCCAGAUGGUCAACGCGCUGGAGAAGGCAGAUGCAAAGGAAGUCAAGUUCAAGCGAUACCCGGAUCUCAUGCACGAUAGCUGGACUCCGACGUACAACAAUCCAGACCUGUAUCGAUGGAUGCUCAGCCACAGGCGAGAUGUCAAGGGCGACGAGGAAGGCGCUCCAGCCGAGAAUAAAGUCGUGCUGGACCAAGAACAGGCUGAGCAUGUCUGA